AUGGCGAUCAAAAGCUCCGCAUUCCCCUAUCGCCGGGGAUCCAAUGCCUCGGAGAAAGACUUCUUCGAUAUCCCCGAUGAAUCAUGUCUAUCGGUGGUCAAGCGAGAGCUCCGUCGAGUCCGCACCUGGGUCGUCCUCCUGGUAUUCUUCGCACUGAUUAAAUGGAUGCGCCGGGCUGGUCCUCCCCCGCCGCCACUCCCGCAUAUCCGUUACGAUGAGGUGGAUUGGUCGCGCUACGCGUAUUCCCAAUAUGCGACCAGUGAGACCUAUCUAUGCAAUUGUGUGAUGGUGUUUGAGGCUUUACAUCGGCUUGGCUCGCGCGCGGAUCGCCUGCUGUUUUACCCGAAGGAGUGGGAUUUGGUGAUUGAUGGUGAUUCGGAUCGGAUCAGCCAGUUGCUGGUGCUGGCAAAGGAGGAGUAUAAUGUGCAAAUGGUGCCGGUCGCCAUUGAGGGGAUCAAGGCUGAGACCGGAGGUGAAGCAGAAUUCUCUGAAUCAUCCUGGGACACCAGUACCGCCAAACUCUACGCCUUUGGCGUGGUCCAAUAUGAUCGGGUUAUCCAUCUCGACUCUGACAUGAUGCUAUUCCAGCCCAUGGACGAACUCUUCUUCCUCCCCAGCACCCCCAUCGCCAUGCCCCGGGCAUACUGGCUCUUGCCCGAGACCCGAACCCUCUCCUCCCUUAUCGCAGUCAUCGAACCCUCGUACCGCGAAUUCACCAAGCUAAAAGAAGCAAUCAAGCCUGCGAUCUUCGGUCAAAUCGAUCUCAAUCUCACCAACAGUCGCUACGACAUGGAGAUUCUUAACAAUAAUUACGGGGACAGUGCCCUCGUCCUUCCUCACAGACAAUAUGGUCUGGUUUCGGGGGAGUUCCGCACAAAGGAUCAUCGCGCCUACUUGGGAAAUGACCAUGAGCAGUGGAAUCCUGAAAGUGUCAUUGCGGAGGCUAAAUUUCCUUGGGUGAUGUGGACCCAAGACCAACUGGCCACGCUGCAGCCGGCAUGCGACGAGAAUCCCGGGACGCCGGAGGAGAGUGGUUGCCGUGAUCGCGAGAUUUGGAAAAAGAUUUAUGAUGAGUUCCGGCGCAAGCGCAAGGAUAUUUGUAAGCUGCUGAGCUUCCCAGCACCCGUUUGA